ACUCAGGGGAGAGUAAGGGCGCUGGGCUCAGGGCGGACGCGGGCGCUUAAGCCCCGGGAGCGCAAGGCGUGAGCGGGCAGCCUCCUUCUGCCAGCUACCCGGCAGCCGGAGCUGGUUGCAGCCGGGGUGCGGGGCGGGGCCGGGCGCAGGCGGCGCGUCUGAGCGAGAGUCUGGGAGCGGCCGGCUGGUACCGAGCCUCCAGCGAGCCUCAGAAAUGCCCGCGCACGGAGAGCGGCCGCCGGCCGCCCGGCGAGCCCCGAGGAGACGCUGAAGGUCGCCAGGAAGUGAGCGCCCAGUCACCUGACCCCUGGGGCGCACCUAGGCGGGGCGGGGCCCAUGCGAGACUGGCGGCCGGGGGCCGGGGCGCGGGCUCUGGGGCCGGUGCCGGCAGCUUGGAGCGCGCGGAGCCGGGGCGGCGGGGACGCGCGGUGGGCGGGCGAGGGCGCGGUCGGGCACCGCCGGCGGCCUCGCCAUGUCCCAGCCGGCAGGGAGGAUGCAUUGCCGAAAGGCGGGGAUCCGUGCCGCCGUGGUGCUCAUCGGACUCCUGCACAAAUCCCGAAAACAGAAUAAAGAGAAAAGGAAGCAGGAGCUGGCCAACAGCUCAGAUGUCACCCUCCCAGACCGGCCGCUGUCCCCUCCUCUCACUGCACCCCCCACCAUGAAGUCAGCGGAGUUCUUCGAGAUGCUGGAGAAAAUGCAGGGGAUCAAACUUGAGGAGCAGAAGCCAGGACCCCAGAAGAACAAGGAUGACUAUAUCCCAUAUCCCAGCAUUGAUGAGGUUGUGGAAAAGGGAGGCCCGUACCCUCUGAUCAUCCUGCCCCAGUUUGGGGGCUACUGGAUUGAGGACCCGGAGAAUGUGGGCACACCGACGUCACUGGGCAGCAGCAUCUGUGAGGAGGAGGAAGAGGACAACCUCAGCCCCAACACCUUUGGCUACAAGCUUGAGUGCAAGGGUGAAGCCAGGGCCUACCGCAGGCACUUCCUAGGGAAGGAUCAUCUAAACUUUUACUGUACUGGCAGCAGCCUGGGGAACUUGAUUCUGUCCAUCAAGUGCGAGGAAGUGGAAGGGAUUGAGUACCUCCGGAUCAUUCUCAGGUCCAAACUGAAGACAGUGCAUGAGCGGAUUCCCUUGGCUGGACUGAGCAAAUUGCCCAGUGUCCCUCAGAUUGCAAAGGCUUUCUGUGAUGAUGCAGUGGGGCUGAGAUUCAACCCUGUCCUGUACCCCAAGGCCUCCCAAAUGAUUGUGUCUUAUGAUGAACAUGAUGUCAACAACACAUUUAAGUUUGGAGUCAUUUAUCAAAAAGCCAGGCAGACCCUGGAGGAGGAACUAUUUGGGAACAAUGAGGAGAGUCCUGCUUUCAAGGAGUUCUUGGAUCUGCUAGGGGACACGAUCACACUGCAGGACUUUAAAGGUUUCCGAGGAGGCCUGGAUGUGACCCAUGGACAGACAGGGGUGGAGUCAGUGUUCACAACCUUCCGGGACCGGGAGAUCAUGUUUCACGUCUCCACAAAGCUGCCAUUCACCGAGGGUGAUGCCCAACAGCUCCAGAGAAAGAGACACAUUGGGAACGACAUCGUGGCCAUCAUCUUCCAAGAAGAAAACACACCAUUUGUCCCAGACAUGAUUGCCUCCAAUUUCUUACAUGCCUACAUUGUUGUGCAGGUUGAGAGCCCAGGCACAGAGACUCCCUCCUACAAGGUCUCUGUCACUGCACGGGAAGAUGUGCCUGCCUUUGGCCCACCUUUGCCCAGCCCUCCUGUUUUCCAGAAGGGCCCAGAGUUCAGGGAAUUCCUGCUCACCAAGCUCACCAAUGCCGAGAACGCUUGCUGCAAGUCGGACAAGUUUGCCAAGCUGGAGGACCGGACAAGGGCUGCCCUCCUGGACAACCUUCAUGAUGAACUCCAUGCUCACACACAGGCCAUGCUAGGACUGGGCCCAGAGGAGGACAAGUUUGAGAAUGGAGGCCACGGAGGAUUCCUGGAGUCUUUUAAGAGGGCCAUCCGCGUGCGCAGCCACUCCAUGGAGACCAUGGUGGGCAGCCAGAGGAAGCUGCACAGUGGAAGCAUUCCUGGAAGUCUUAGUGGGGGCAUUGUCCACAACAGCAUGGAGGUCACCAAGACUACCUUCUCGCCUCCAGCGGCAGCUGUGACAGUGAAGAACCAGUCACGGAGCCCCAUCAAGCGGCGGUCAGGGCUCUUCCCCCGCCUGCACACGGGCUCAGAAGGCCAGGGGGACGGCCGGACACGAUGUGACAGUGCAUCCAGCAACCCCAAGACCCCAGAUGGCGGACACUCUUCUCAAGAGAUAAAGUCUGAGACCUCAUCCAAUCCCAGCUCUCCGGAAAUCUGCCCCAAUAAAGAGAAGCCCUUCAUAAAGUUGAAGGAGAAUGGCCGGGCCAACAUCUCCCGCUCCUCCUCCAGCACCAGCAGCUUCAGCAGCACUGCAGGAGAAGGCGAGGCCAUGGAGGAGUGUGACAGUGGGAGCAGCCAACCAUCCACAACUUCACCCUUCAAGCAGGAGGUGUUUGUCUACAGCCCGUCCCCGAGCAGCGAGAGCCCCAGCCUGGGGGCAGCCGCCACUCCCAUCAUCAUGAGCCGGAGUCCAACGGAUGCCAAAAGCAGAAACUCCCCAAGAUCAAACCUGAAAUUCCGUUUUGAUAAGCUCAGCCAUGCCAGCUCCAGUGCGGGUCACUAAUGGAAAGUGGAGUCCUUGGCCUGUCCAAGGGAAGCCCAGUUCUGUCCUGUAGAAGGCUUCUGUUCCAGCAGUUUGGGGGUGCCAUCUGCUACUCUGACCAUCACAGACCUGUUGCCCCACUGGCCACCUGCCCAUCAGACCAGAUUCCUGUGCUCUGUCCCAACCUGACCAUAGCCCUGCUAGCUCCUGUACCAACAUACCCUGCAAGAACCUUCCCAACUCUGGACAAGGCUUCAUACCUGGAGGCUCCUCUGCUCUUGACCUCCAGAUGUGAUGUUUGUCUGGGUCAUUUGUCAUCUUGCUUUGUCUGUAGGAGAUAGAGUUGGGCAAGGGGGGAUCUGGGUAUGGGGGCUUGGUCAGAGACUAGGCAGCUCAUUUGCCUCAGAGGCAGAAGAUGAUGGGGUGGAGAGCAGAGGUGAUAGCAGAACAUAAGUUGGGCCCUGUUCAUCCUUGGUCACAGUGCAGUGCCUUCCUGGACUUGGCAGGCAGGAGCUUCAUCACCACCAGUGCAUUUAGUGAUGUAAUGGAGAUAGAGGGGCUGCUUACCCAGGAGCCAAGAUUAGCAACAUCUUGGAGGUUGUCCUGAUGAAAAUUGGCCCCAAAUUGGGUGCAUACUUGUAAUCCCAGCAACUCUGGAAGCAGGAGGAUUGUAAGUUCAAGGCCAACCUUAGCAACUUAGUGAGAUUUUUUUCUCAAAUUAAAAAAUAAAAAGCACUGGAGAUGUAACUCAGUGAUAAAGCAAUCUUGGGUUCAAUCCCCAGUGCCAAAAAAAAAAAAAAAAAAAAAAUUGACUCCAUUGGUUCCAGAUCUCUGGAAUGCCAAACAUCUACCUGCUUUUGUGCUAUACACUUCUGCUGUAGUCUCACAGACAGGUCCAGGGAUGCUGCCAUCCCUGCUACCAGGGUCUUGGACUUGUGGAAGCUCAGAGACUGAACUGGGUGUGUCUGGGAACCUGGCUGAACACUUCUUUGAUUAUAGCUGAAACUUUUUUCCCACCUGAUUUUAUGCAGGUUCCUGACUGUCCUUGCUGUGGGAGAAGCCCCAGGCAGUCUUUCCCCUUUGAGCAGAUAUUUUUUUCCCCAGGAACAGGUGGGAAGCCAGGAGUGAGAAGGAGUUCUGGGAGAGGGAACAGGGCAAUGCUGGGCAUUUGUUGGUUGAGAACAACCUCAGGGCCUGAGGGCUCAGCUGGCCUCCACAGGGUCCCAGUCUCUGCUGGUUGUGGAAGACAUAGUUAAUUUCAAUUCACCAUGGGCAGGAGGCGAGAGGUGAGCUAGGGGGAUGCCGUGGCAGGUUUGGUCAAGUCAAUGUGUGUGGGUUGAACUUAGGUGUGGGAAAGGAAUGCAGUAUCCCUCAGCGAUUUACGUCCCAGGCAUCAGUGGGGUGUCCAGUGCUGCCUUGGGGGCUGCUUCCAUUUAUUGUGCCCUCUGGCCUUGUCUGGAGUGCCAUCCCCCAAUCCUCUUACCCUUUCCAACCACAGCCACCCUCUCUGGGAUGAGCCAGCUGUCCUGAGGAACCGCCCUCUGACCUCUGACCUUUCCUGCUAGUCUGCAGGGUGUUUUUGCUGCUGGGUUUAGGGUGAGGCAUCCUCCAAGUAAAACACAGAGUUUGAACAGCAGACCCUUGGUGGUACUGCAGUUUGAAGUUCACAGGGUCUCUGGUACAGGUGGCACAGGGCUUCUGGGGUAUUGUUGGCUAGGCUCCUUCUUUUAAGGAGCAGAUGACAAAAUUUCUAAUCAAGUGCUUUUUCUGCACAGGAAUCUGGACCCAAUCCCAAGUCAAAGCAUAGAAAUGCAACACGUUUUUUUUGACCGAUAUUGUGACUAUUUCCUUAUUACUUUUGCCAUUGGAGCAAAAGUUUGAUCCUUCAUUUUCUACUCUUGUGUUGGAUCCUGUUUGCAGGCUGGGAGUGGCCAUACCCCUCACCCUGUGCAGGGCAUGUGCUUACAUAAAGUACUAGUCUGGUAUGGUUUAUUCUAGUUAGAAGGUCAACAGAAUAUCUGUUUCACUUUUAUUGAAAGUGUAGCAGCACCCACUGCUGGAAUGAGGCCUGUCAACUCUGGUGGCUUUCUGUUGGCUGGGUUUCUGAAGGAACUUGAAAGGUCGAACUGCAUUUCUUUGAAAAUGAUUACAGGGUUCUGGCUUGUCUUUCUGGGUAGCUAGUAUUUACAAUUGGUUGUACCAUGUUAUAUUGCAUUUUGGAGUCCUUUGGGGUUUCCAGGUUGUCCCCAUGCUGUCCUAUUUGGGAAUGUCAUACCCCCUGUCUCCACUGCUCUAACUGCUCCCUCUGCAGCUCCUAGCUCCCUGAUGGGCUUUGCCUCUGCCUCUGGGCUGGUGGACAGGAUGGCUAGGUGUGUCCCGAGAAAUAGAGUGGCACAGAUUUGCUCCUGAAGUGCAGACAUGGGAUAUGGUCUCCACCCUCGGCUUGCUGUUGGGGUACUCUGGGUGGGAUCUGAGAUGCCACCUUCCUCUAGGUCAUGCCUCUCCAUCUUUAGAAAGGCCAUUCAUAAACCUCCAGAGUGUGCAUUAUCAACCUACCUGAGGUCUUAGUGGAGAUAGGGAGGAGGCAGAUGAGAAUGUGGCCCAGUCUCCCCUCACUCUCCUGGAUCAUGGGCAGUAGUUCAGGUUCUUGGAGGACUGUUCCCCACCUCACCCCACCCCACAUUCUAAUCCACAAUGACUGUCCUUUUAUUGCUACACAGUCUUGGAGCUCAGAGACUUGCUGAAGCCCCCUAAGCCCUUAUGACUGGAUUUGUAUAGAUGGCGCUUAUGUUGGUAUUUGGGGAAUUUCCACUAUGAACUCUAUGAGAGGUUCUCCCGCUCACAUCUCUGGCUUUGGGGACCACUUGACUCACAGGAGAAACUAUACUUUGCAGGUGCCGUUGGGCACCUGGAUGUUUCUAGCUCCAUUGAUGCUUGAAAACAGCUGCAGAAAAAGUUGAGAUAGAAGGCCUUAGGCAGAAUCUCUGUCUAUGCUAAUGAAUAUCAAAUGGUGUGUCUUAGAAAAUAUUAUAUGGUUCAGUUUUUUGGGCACAGUCUUGAUGCCCAAACCUCCUGUCCUCUUUUAGCAUCUCAUUCAACCUUAUCAUGACCUGAAUGUGAAACCUUAGCCUCAGUGAACCCACAGCCAGCUAGUGGGAAAGCUGAGACUAGAACUCACAGCCCACGGUUCUGUCCUCUGCACCAGCUGUGUGACUGAUAGAGAAGGUGGCUGGAUUUCCUGGGGCCCAGGAUUGGGGGAAGCCAUGUGUUUUGGCCUUGACACUGGGUGGUAGGUGCCAGCAGUCAAGGCUUCAGGUAGGGCCUUGGUCUUUGGGAGGGCUCUUCUCUUGGAUUGGUCAGUGAGGACCCUGAGAUUUGGGAUGAAGCUUGAGCAAAGAAAAUGGAGAGGGAAAGGGAUUCCAGCAAAUUGCUCCUCAGUGACCUCUGCUCUGCAACUCCAGUCUGUAAUGUGGCAGAGGCCAGGGCAGAGAUGCAGCUCACCACCCUCAGCUUCCUUGCUGCAAAUCAAGACAAAAAGUAGUAAGAGCAAAACUCUCUCUCAUUUCUCUCUGAUUCUUAAUGGGAAGUGGUUACUAGAAACCUAGGUUCAGGUGACGAGGGAGGACACGGCCUGCUUCACUUUCCUUAUCUUGACCCUUGAAGGUGCCAAUUCAAACACUACCUUUUUCAUUUGUUUCUUAGUCUAUAGAUAUAGCUCUGUUGUGGGGAAUGGUGGGGGAUUCAAGUAGAUUUUACAGCUUCAGGGGCUGGAAGGGACCAGGCCAGUCAGCCAUGCUAGGACCCUGUGGCUCCUCCCCCACUCCAGCUACUCCUUAUCAAAGGCAAAGGCAGGACAAUGAAGUUUGCCAAGGCUGCCGCUGCAGCCAGGUGUGGACCCAUGGGGGCAUUCUUCUACCCAGUUCCAGUAUCUGUUUUACCACCAGCCUCUUGCCCACCCCUACCCCCGACCUUCUCCUUUCAACUGGGCUAUGUGCCCCUUUGGGAGGAAGAAGAUAACCCCCUUAGGGCCACAGGCAGCAGAGUCCUGCUUCCUGAGAGGCUGUUGGAACAGUGGCUCUGUCCUGUGCCUUAUCAGCCCUGGGGAAAGAAAGUUUGGCUGGAAGACUGGAAUUUAAUUGCCAUCGUCUUUGAUUUUUGUGAUAUUUCUGCUUGGAAGGGUAAAACCCUCCUUCCCACUCUUUAGCAUGUGUGCCAACUCUCCCUUGUCGUGGGUGUUACCCUUCGACACUCCAGCUCGGGGAGUGCUGACGUCUUCAUGUGAAGAGAUUCUUGUGUGAUAGAACCUAAGAAGUGUAGCUUGGAAGUGACCCCUGUGACGAUGACUUUUAUUUCUUUCCUCUUAGUGAGGAGGUGAUUUGUAGACCCUGACUGCCUAUGUAAUGUAAAUAGUGUACAUUUAAUUUAUUGCUAUGGUAGCAUAUUGUAUUUGUUAAUGUAUAAAACAAAUUCUAAAAGGUUGACAAAUGUAUAUUUUGUUGCUUAAAUGUGUCUUUGCAGAAAUUGACAAUAAAUAACAUAUUUUG